AUGUCAUCCAUUUAUCUUCUGGGUCUCAUUUUUGAUUCCCUCCUCCUUGUUCUUUGUCACGUGACUCUUUCUUCUUCAUUUCAUUCUUUUUUUCUUCUUGUAGAUCUCAUUUGUGCUCGUCUUUACUUCCAUAACGCUUAUACUAAUCUCUUCUUUUUCCUUCAUUUUAAUUUUGCCUUAAUUUUCUUCUUGUUGACAUUUUUCUUCCUCUUCUUUUUUCAUUUUCCUCUACUUUUUUUUCAUGAUUUCACUCACACCCAUUCUCAUAUUUUCCUUCUUGAUUCCAAUAUUUCCUUUCCUUUUUCUUCAUUUAAUUCUUUUUCGUCUUUUUAUUUCCUUCUUGGUCCCAUUAUUCUCGAUUUUUUCUUUCUCUUCUUUUUAAUCUACUACUACUUUUUUCGUUUCAUCAAUUCAAACCCCAUUUUGUUCCUCGUCUCACUCUUUCCCUCUUGCUUUCUAUAUUUCACUUCGAGAUCUCAUUCCUUUUCUCCCGCUUCUUAUAGACGCCAUCCUUUCACUUUCUUCUUCAAGACUUCAUUUCUUUUAUUCUUCUUUCUAUCAUCUUCAUCUUUAUUUUCUACAAGUUUACGACGUUUCUAUUUUGGAUUUCAUAUCUUUUCAUCUGGCUAUUUCUUCUCUUUCAUUAAUCUUCUAUUUCUUAUGGAUUUGAUCUUUCCCUUCCUUCUUCUAAUUAUUCUUGACUUCAUCCUUUUCUUCUUCUUCUUCUUCUUCUUCUUCUUCUUCUUCUAA